AUGUUCAGCCGAAACGUGUGCGCUGCUCUCAGGAGAACUCUAAUUCUGUCGAAUCAUCUAGCUCGAAGCUAUGCCCGAAUCCAGUAUAUGUCAUCCAGGGUGCCGAGGCCCACUAUGGUAACCAGCAUGCAAACGAACGAGGCAUAUGCGCCUUUUGCUCAUUAUUCGCAAGCGAUUAAAGCCGCCGGUCAAGUCUGGCUCUCUGGUCAGAUACCCGCAGAUGCACAAGGGAAUCUAAUUAAAGGCACAAUGACCGAGCAGACUCAAGCUAUAAUCAAAAAUACUGAAGCUAUUCUCAAUGCAUCGGGUAGUGGGUUAGACAGGGUUGUCAAAGUAGUGGUGUACGUUAAAGAUGCCAGUGUGAUGCCGGAAUUCGCAUCUGUUUAUGACCCUGCAUUCCCGCAUCGCCCUGCACGGUCUAUGGUUGAAGUGUCAAGGUUGCCCGCCGGGGUGGAUAUCCAGGUGGAUUUUAUUGCUGUUAUUUAG